AAAGCUUUUACGACCAAGUCAGGCUUAUCAAAAUGCCUCGUGAGCGCUACUUAUAAGCGUGACAGUCAGUCAUCUCCUCAGAAGCUUUCACACACAAAUGAACCAUUAGAUGAUCCAGUAUCAAUCAACAUGGUAAAGCUCUCGAUUGUGGACCUCAAAGGCGGAGUUAGUGCCAUAGCCAUUGUAUGGGCCACCAUUGUUGGAUUACUCGUAGCCAGAAAGAAAGAGAGCAGGAGUUCCUUGUCCUGGAACUUGCAGCAGUCCUUUCAUCGUGCUGCGACGGAAACAACAACAACCAUCACUACCGGUAGCAGUAGCAGUAGAAGCGAUUCAAAAACUGCAUGGAAUGUCAAUUCCGAGCGAUGGCUGAAGGGUCCUCGGUUCCGCAAUUCCAAUGAUCCCUUGAUCGUUAAUGAUGAAGAGUACUUGCAGAAAACAAUCCUCCGUAUUCCCCACUUGCUGGACAAUGAGGAGUAUCUAAAGGAUCUCUUGGAACAGACAUUGGCCAUUCAGGGUUCUCAAAUUCUGGAUUUCUCGUACCAGAACCUUUCCACGACCACAGCCGCUGUAUCCUUGGAAGAGCGGCGCCUAUGGAAUAUUCGCCUCCACUAUCUAGCCAUUCAUGUACAUCAACAUCUACCAGCUCUUCCGGAAGCACGGGCACGACAAGAACAACCACAAGCCUUUCAACAAUCAGUACAACAACAUCAACAACAUCAAAUUGGCACAUUAUUAUUUGACUAUGAAUGUCCAGGAACCAACUACCUUGUGGCAAAUCUUCUCAACUAUGGGAUUGGUGCCGAUGUCUUUUGGUCCAUGGUUCAUUUCUUCAAGGCCGGAAUGGCAGUCAACCGAGUGGUCCACUUUGUCAAUAAAGAACUUCCUCCACACCUGACACAACAUCAAGCCUAUCGAGAUGGCUGGCAACUGGCAUCGUGUCCACGGGGGGAUUAUCAAUGUACAUUUUCCCCACCAAGCCCGUGUGUGCCCACAUUGGAGGACCUAGAAAAUGGCUAUCAGCUCAAUGCCACGGAACUGCAAGUCCUCCGUAAAGAAGGAACUCUGCCAGCAGGACUCCCCCGCGUUGUCAUGGUGGCGGCAGAUGAGUGGGAUCCAGACUGGAUUUCAUUGAGUCCUAUGAAACUCAAAGCAGAACAGCAGGCACAACGUGUCAUUGCCAAUCUGAUGGACAACAACUACCAAGCAAAGGACCACGAUCCAACACGAGAUGCUCGCAUCAAACUGUUUCGAAAGGUAGUCGGAGAGGGAUGGCGAUUUGGCCGUGCGGCAGGGUCACUGCGGACCAUGCUGGCAGCUUACAUGAGUUACUCCUUGCGGCCGCGACCCACAGUGCGACAACGGAUACGAUCGAAUGUGCAGGAAUCUUUGCCCGUGGGAUUUGAUCCCCACCAAACGGUGGGACUGCCCAUUCGGGCAUCGGAUAAGUGUCAAGACGAAAGUGAAUGUUUGACAUUCCAGCAACACUUGGAGGUUGUGCAAGCCGAGUGGACCAAGAUGCGACAAAACCAUACCACCAACCACGCAAAAGCAGCCUUGCCACCUGCUAUUAUCUUCUCCACCGAGUCCAAAGAGAUCAAGCAGGAACAGGAAAAGUACCAACAGCAACAACAACAACAACCAGCAGUAUCUUUUAUUGUGAAUCAGCAUGACAAUCCUGCUGACACUGGUUUCUACCUAGGGAACCAUGGGGAUGAAGAGCUCCUUUCUGCCCUGACAACACUGCAGCUGCAAAUGCAUGCGCGUUUGACCAUUGGAAAUUGUUGUUCCAACUUUGCCAGGCUCAUGAUGCAUAUGAUGGCAGGUGGGUUUGGGGCUCAUCCAGAUGGGGAAUUUCGGUGUUUGCAGGAUGUAGAGGAUCCUCGAUAUCGACCCUGUUGUUGGAAGAGCGUGGUUUGUUUGGAAAAGAAGGCCAAUGAUACUAAAGUCUUUCUGGCAGAACAACGACAGAAGAACAAUGGUCCAUUAUUGGAAAUAAGUCACGGCUAGCUAGCUGGGUAGCGAACAACUCAUGUUUCACCUUUUACUAGCUAGCUAAAGGUAGCUACCGACAGUUACCAGAUAGCAACAUUUCAUAUCAGCCUGUAUUAUUGUUGAGCAUCGAGUUGCUAUUGUGCGGAGGGAUGUACCGUACCACCGUACCAGUGCUGUAUCGGUACCGGUACAUGUACCGGUAAGUGGUCCCAAGACGACCGGGGACGCACAGAAGCUCUCAGAUCACAAGAUCGCGCGACCGUGCGAAGUUGUCCCUACCACCACAGCCAACAAGCCG